AUGGCCAAGUGUCACCGGAACAACAUCGGAUCUCUCAUUCUUGACCGUGCUCCCACCACUUCUUCCUCUACUUCCGGCAACCAUUUCCGGCUCUGGAGCACCUUCUCUAGAUCCGCAUUCCGCAGAAAAAUCGUCGACGCCGUCAGCUGCGGCGGUAGCUCACGUUACCGUCACGAGCUCCGGGAAGAGGACGACGAGAAAAGUUACGUGACGGUGUCGGAGAAGUCAGCGGCCGCACCGAGGGCUGCGAAACCCAACACGAUCGGGGCGGCGUUGAACGGCGCAACGUUCGAGGAGAAAGCGAAGAAAUCGGAGAAGCUCUGUGAUCUGUUGAAUCUAGCGGAGUUGGAAGCUGACGUGGAGACGAAGAACAAGGAGGAAGCGCUCGAGUUGCUGAAGCGCGUGGUGAGUAAGUUACAAGCGGCCGCGGCGGCGCGUGGAGAUGAAGAGUUAGACGGCGGAGUCUGUCAGAAGAAGUUAGCGGCGGCGAGUGAGGUGCGGUUGCUGGCGAAGGAGGACUCGGAGGCGAGAGUGACGCUGGCGAUGCUCGGCGCGAUUCCGCCGCUAGUUAGUAUGAUCGACGACUCACGAAUCGCAGACGCACAGAUCGCUUCGCUUUACGCUCUGCUCAAUCUCGGCAUCGGAAACGACGCGAACAAAGCAGCGAUUGUUAAAGCAGGCGCUGUUCACAAAAUGCUGAAGCUAAUCGAGUCUCCAAACACUCCCGAUCAAGCCAUCGCAGAAGCUGUGGUCGCUAAUUUCCUAGGCUUAAGCGCUUUGGACUCAAACAAACCAAUCAUCGGUUCUUCAGGAGCGAUAAUCUUCCUAGUGAAAACUCUCCAGAAUCUGGACGAAAGAAGCAGCUCACAAGCAAGAGAAGACGCACUAAGAGCUCUCUACAACCUCUCAAUCUACCAGCCAAACGUCUCAUUCAUCCUCGAGACCGAGCUAAUCACGUUUCUCAUGAGCGCGUUAGGAGAUAUGGAAGUGAGCGAGAGGAUUCUCGCCAUCUUGAGCAAUGUUGUUGCGGCUCCAGAAGGAAGGAAAGCGAUCGGUUCGGUUUGCGACGCGUUUCCGGUUUUAGUCGAUGUGCUAAACUGGACCGACUCGCCUGGAUGCCAAGAAAAGGCGACUUACAUUCUAAUGCUGAUGGCUCACAAGGGAUAUGGUGAUCGACAAGCGAUGAUCGAGGCCGGGAUCGAAUCGUCGCUGCUCGAGUUAACUCUCUUGGGAAGUGCAUUGGCUCAGAAGAGAGCCUCGAAGAUAUUGGAAUGUCUUAGAGUGGACAAAGGGAAGCAAGUCUUGGAUAGUACCGGAUCAUGCGGUGCUUUGUCUGCACCAAUCUAUGGGACCAGAGGGAAUGGUUUGGACCAUGAGGAAAGCGAUUCGAUGAUGAGCGAAGAGAGGAAAGCUGUGAAGCAGUUGGUGCAACAGAGUUUACAGAGCAAUAUGAAGAGGAUCGUGAAGAGAGCUAAUUUGCCACAAGACUUUGUUCCUUCAGAGCAUUUUAAGUCGCUCUCUGUGAGCUCCACUUCAAAGAGCCUCCCCUUUUGA